ACAGAGUGACUGUGUCUGAGAAAGGUUGAGAAGACUGCUGUGGUGACAGAGGAAGAGAGAGCAAAAGUGAGAGAGAGAUAAGCACGCAAGUGAAAGCCAUAAUGUGGGAAGGAUCUACUUGUUUGUAACAAACCUACAGACCUUAAAAGCAUACUGUAACUUUAUAUGGAAGGAGGAGUGGAGUUGGAAGCCUUUUUUGGAGGUCAUGGAAACCACACCUUCCCCUGCACCUGACGAGUGUAAGAAUUUAACAUCUAACUCCUCCAACAUUGGUGAACCACAGAUGGUGAUUCUGGGCACACUCAUGUCCAUUCUUGUUCUGGUCAUCGUCUUCGGCAAUGUGUUAGUGAUUACAGCCAUUGGCCGCUUCCAACGACUUCAGACCGUCACAAACUGCUUCAUUACGUCACUUGCGUGUGCAGACCUGGUAAUGGGAUUGGUGGUGGUGCCUUUCGGCGCCAUUUUCAUCAUCCUUGACACUUGGCACUUUGGCAAAUUCUGGUGUAAUUUCUGGACGGCCACCGAUGUUCUAUGUGUCACAGCCAGUAUCGAGACGCUCUGUGUCAUCGCUCUGGAUCGCUACAUCGCCAUAACAUCCCCCUUCCGCUACCAGUCCUUACUGACCAAAGGCAGAGCUCGCAUCAUUGUGCUGCUGGUGUGGGUCAUCGCCGGGCUCAUUUCCUUCCUACCCAUCCAUAUGGGUUGGUGGAUUUCCGAUAGUAAUGUUGCAAAGUGCUGCUUGAAGAAUGUUACCUGUUGUGACUUCAACACCAAUCGCCCUUAUGCCAUCAUCUCAUCCAUAAUCUCUUUCUACAUCCCCCUGGUCAUCAUGAUUUUCGUCUACAGCCGUGUCUUCCAGGAGGCAAGGAAGCAGCUGAAGAAGAUAGACAAAAGUGAGGGACGAUUUCAUGCUAAGAACAACAGCAAAAAGCAAGAGGCGGCAAGCAUCCACUGUGAGGCAAGGACUGCCAAGAAACCCAAGUUCUGCUUAAAGGAACAUAAAGCUUUGAAGACUUUGGGUAUCAUUAUGGGUAUAUUCACGCUGUGUUGGCUCCCAUUCUUUGUACUACAUGUGGUCACGGCCAUAUAUGGCCAAGAACUGAACAAUAUUGCAUUCAAAAUCUUAAACUGGAUAGGUUACGCUAACUCAGCCUUUAACCCACUGAUCUACUGUAGAAGUCCAGAGUUUAGGUACACUUUCAAGGAGAUCCUAUGCCUCAACAGGUCGCGCUACCCUAACAUUAGGCCAGUCAAUGGAUAUACAUAUAGUGGGCACAGCUGGCAAAGUGAGCACCGAGGGCGAAGCAAAGGCAGCUCAGAAGACAGUGACCCAGCUGAGGGCAACUCUGAGAAAGAGGGAUGCAUGUCAGCAGAUAAAACGGACUCUAAUGGGAACUGCAGUAAAAACAUAAUGAGUGUGUUGUAAAUCACCUUGCGAGUCCAGACUCGUUCCACUGUGACCUCUCAAUGUGUCACAUAAGGACAGGUUAUGCCUCCUCUGGUAAGUGGCCAACGGUGGGUGUGUGUUGGAAAAAGGGACAUUUUUAAAUGUUUGUUUUCCUCAUCUACCUCAUUGCUUUCUCGUCUAGAUUCACUUGCUCUAUCGGUUCAUUUCACCAUGACCUCGCUCAUAAAACUGUUUGCGCCCUCAAAAAGUAGUUUCAGCUAAAGAAAACGGCGAACUAGAAGCUAAAAAUGCUUAUCAAGUCAGUGUUAAAUGAACAGAAAUGCUUGCAGAGAUUGUACUUCUUUGAUAGCAAAAAGAUACUUUGAAGUGGUUGUUCACUAAAGGGACAUUCCUUCUGAGUCAUGUUUCUGUCAUCUUGCUUAAACUGAGGAACUGAGUUGCAGUUUUAAAGAAUGAUUUGCUUCCCUUAGAUUAACAGAGUAACAGAAAAAAAUUACUGUACACCUGCCACAGCCCUGUUUUAGAGUACAUCUAAAAAUGUCUGGGUAAAAACUGACCCAAUUGGUAAGUCAGCACAGAAACAAAGCCUCUUACCACAAUGAAAGAGGAAGAGGAACCAUAUGUACAUACCAGCUUCUUUAAGGAAAUUGCUUAAUUAUAAAGUUCAGUCUUUUAGUCAUGUGAUUUCUUAAGCUGAGUAACCUUAGAUGGAAGUCAACAAAUAUAAACCAUUUUAUGCUAAUGCACAAUAUGGCAUUCACAGCAUAAACAAAAAUCUGUAUCUCUUGCUUAAAACAUGUACGAUAACAGAACUUCUCUGGUGGCCCGUUUUGAUCUGCAUUAUGUCAUUUCGGUUCCCUCAGCAGGCACAGUCCUGAAUGCUGCCAAAUCCUCAAUUAUUCACCCUAGGAAUAUUCUUAACAUUUUCCAGUACAAAUGAGCAACAAGUCUCAACAAAUGAGCAACAAAAGUCCAACAAGCCUCUGUGUAAAUCCCUGAAUUUCAGUGUUUAUCAAAGUUAUUAUGUGACUCCCUCAAAAAAAAAAAACCUUAUCUAGAAAGAUAAAUAAAUUAGGAGGCAUCGAGUUUCCUGUCAGGCUCAGCUAAUGCAUGCAGUGCAAAGCACGCAGCAAUUUCCCUGUUCCUCACUCACUCAUAUUUCAGGUGUUUAAUCUAAUGUUCCAUGCAUAUCAUAAACUGCGUAAAUGGUAAACCGUUUCAAUGCUUGUCAGUGUCUGUGAACUAUUAAUUUAGGGCAAGUGUCUCUCUGUUACUGUGCAGCCUGUUUAUGCUGUCGAAAACUGUGAACUUUGCUCUUUAGGAAAUCUCUUCAUAUCAGUUGUGACUUUUUGCUGUCUUGAUCAAUUUUAUGUGCAAAGCAAAACACUUUGAGGAUUUCAAACAUUUCUACAUGUUUACUUUUCAUGGAUAAAAUGUAGUGAUAAAAUAUUUCUGUUUCAAUGAAGCAUUACAUCAAAGUGCAGUUUAAAACCAGCUUCCUAAAAGGGCGCACUGUAAAUCUGUACAAGAUUUUACAUUGGAAACAUAAGUCAAACAAUGUCAAUUUAUAUGUAAAUAUUACAAAUAUAUAUAUAUAUAUAUAUAUAUAUACAGAUUGAAAUAAUGCUCUGUUACUGUAAACACCGCAAAGCAUGCAUGUCCUUUUUCAGUAAGUGAAAGUGUAUGUGACAGAUUUGUUAACACUGCACCCUUCUGGGAAGGAUUUUCUCUGCAAGUAGAUCACAGUAACCUCUCGUGAGAAACACUGACCUGUACCACGUUGUGCUAAAUGAAAUAUUUGUGCAAUCUUUGCUUUGAUUGUGGUAAUGUGAUUUACUGUUGUGUUACGACUAUAUAUUAAUAUUGCCUUCUCUGUGGACACGCUUAACCUGUUGAGUACAGUGUUUACAUUCAUAAAUGUCUUUCAGUUAGACAUAGGUCACAGAUUAUUUGCAUGCAAAUUACCAUGAAUUGCACUUUCAUGUUAGUGAUUAAGCAAUGCUCUGGAGUUAAUCACGCUAUAGACAUCAUAUUGAUGCCACCUUCAGCAUUUAAUGUGCACUAAGUAAUUUUCCAAUAGUAAGUUUAACAAAUACAUACACAUUUGUAGAGUCUAAUCACACCAACCACACCACGAUAUUUCAUAGGCACCUUUUGGUAUUAAAAUGUUCUGCUUCACAGUUUGAAACAGACAUUUUGGAAAGCAUACUUUGCCUGGAAGGAGAUUAAUUGUCACAUUGUUAAGUACAGACACAGUGUGGGCAGCUUCUUACUGAUGCAUGAAGAUGUGACUAAAAAUGCACUGAAUAUUGCUUUAAUGAUAUAAGAGCAGAUUUCAAAUUCAUAAUGCAAAUGAUCACUUGGUAGGCAAAAGUUCAAUGAAAGCUUCCCACUCAACAACCUUUUUAGAAACUCCUAAUUCAUGGCAUGUGUACUGUAUAUAUAGUUAUAGUUGUUCCAGUAUGAUGUUUACUUACAUUUCUUUGAGCUAUUUUCGCACAAGAUUUAUCACUGUUUUGUUGAACUACAUUGAAGUACGUUCAACAACAUUUGUCUAUAUUAGUGGUAUUUAUGAAAUACAAGUGUCAUGCCAUUUGUAUUCUGUAAUAAAUGAUGUAUUU